AAUAGACACCCCUCUGAAAUGGUGCUUGAUUAAUUACGGUAGAAGCUAAUAAAAUACUCUGCACAUGAUAAAACAGAUGGAGGCCGGCAAUAUAGCCAUUGCAUUGACAAGUGAUUUGGAGGCGGACGGCGGCGACACGGCAGACGCCGGACAUGGAUGGCAAUUCAUUCGCAAGGUCUACCUCCAUCUCUCCCUACAAUUCCUCCUGGCCGCCGCAGGCCCGCAGUUGUUUACAUCGUCGUCAUCGUCCUUAACCCUACUCUGCUUUUCUUCACUUCCCACCCAGCUGUUGUCUCUGUUAUUGUCUUCUUCAUUGUGUGCAUCGGUAUGAAAGUAAUUUUAUUUGAAAUUAUUAUUAUUCAAGAAUUACGAUUAAGAGCUCGAUGGAAGUAAUUUGCAUAUUUUCACCAACAGAAUUUAAUUAGGAAAUUACCCAAAAUAGGAGCAAAUGACACUUGGAAUUCCAAAAAUAGAACGAACAUGUUUUUCUUCCCGAAACAGGAGUAUUACUGUCAUGUAUGAAAAAUACUGUCAUUAAUUAUAAUAAAUACUGUUAUAUUAAAUGCACUGUACUGUAACUAUUUGACAGUCACGACUACAAGAUGACAGUACAUACUGCCAUCUUAGUACCAUUUCGGGAAUAAAAACAAAGUAGUCAUAUUUUGGAAUUUCAAACUUCAUUUACUCCUAUUGAAAAUCUCCCAAUUUAAUUCUUACAAAAUGCCCUAAAUAGAAUUGAAAUAAUGCAUAUUUUCCCAAAUAUGAGUCUGAUUGUAUGGUUUGAAAAUGCCAAGUCCACUCAGCUCUUAUCGGCCUUGACCUUGAAGGCUAUAUUGACGGCACCAUCACUGCCCCAAAUCAGCACCUUGAUGCUGCCAAAUCUCGACCCAACCCGUGUUAUACCAUUUGGUACCGUAAGGAUCGUACAAUCAUCAGUGCCCUGCUUGGCAGAUGCUCCGACACGAUCGUGCCUAGGAGAAAUUGGCACUUACCUAUGCCAAUACAUCUCGCCGGCGAAUCAUCUCUCUAAAGUCGACACUUGCUCGCACCACCAAGGGCAGUCUUUCUAUUCUUGACUACCCACUGUCAUGUAUGCUAUCGCUGAGGAUGUUGCUCUUGCUCAAAGCCCUAUCUCCAAUGAAGAUCUCGUGAUUAGCAUUCUCAAUGGACUUGGUCCAGAUUACAGUGAUCUGACCUCGGCAAUUCGCGUGCGUACAACCGCACUGCCCAUGGUUGAACACUUGAACUGCAGCAGGUUUUACUUGAACGUGAGAAACGGAUUCAAGAAACAACUGAGAUGGCCCAGUCUCUCGUCCCUACAGCAAACGUUACCCAUCUUGGGGAGCGUCGCCAGCAUCAUCCAAAUGACAGGUGCAGUCAGACUCAUCGCAGAGGACAUGAAACUUAUGCUGGGAAUCAUGCUGCUAGACCCUCCAAUACGCAGGUGACUUGCAGGUUCUGUGAUUUUCCUGGCCAUGAGGUCAGGGGCGGUCCUAGGCGGUGCAGCAGGGGCGGGAGCCCUAGGCACAAAAAUGUGAAAGAAUCCCAAUCUUAAGGCUUUGUAUGAAGAGUGACUAGGUUGAGUUUUUUGGGCUGUAUCCACUAAUUUCAUGUAGUUCAGAAAAAAAAAUUGUGAAGAUGUAAAUAAUUAUAAGAGAAAUUCUAUUCACAGCUACCAUUUUAAUAAAUACAAUCGCAUUUUUUUUUAUAAAUCCAAGUAUACCCUUAGUUUCAUUCCUCUCUUUCUUUCUUAGUGCUGACUUCAGUCUCCAUUCCAUUCCUCUGCUCUUUUUCAAGGUCAUCUUCCCUCUAGCUACCUACUGAAAUCAAUACGCUGAAACUCCGCAUCACGUUCAGGGUCGUCAGAAGACAUCAACUGCGGAACUUGAAGAGACUCAACGGAAACAAGCACAGAAGAAGAAUCAACCAUAUAAGUUUAAGUUGAAUCAAAUGUUCAAGAAGGACAUGGAGUCGGCGUAGCUGGGAGACAAGUACUCUACAGGGCAAAGACUUUUGGCUGUGACACUGGCAAUGGGUUUGGGGUAGUCUGUCCUUCCCUGAGCUUUGAGUGGCCAUUUAUGGCGGACCUUCGAGGUUGAGCUUCAAGAACUGAACCCAGAAUUAUCGAGGUUCUAAUCAAGGCCUAGGCUUUCCUUGAGCUGCGGCCGAAGCGGUGGCGGAGCGACCGAGAGCUGGGCGGCGUUGCGACGGAGGUAGCAGAACUCGCACGUUGAGCGUCGAUCCUAAGCGUCGUCGGUGACCUUUGCUCCGUGUGGCUUGACCGAGCAACUGGAUUCUUCCACUUUUUCAGAUCUGGAAGGAUAAUGUGUAUCCAACCAAUUUCAAUGAAUAUUAAGUUUGUGGUUGUAAGGAUAAUUUAGACAUUUUAAGAUAUAUGGGGCUGGUCCCUAUUAUUGAACCGCCUAAAAAUAUUUCAAUUACUCAUCGUACCAUUACUCAAUAGACAAUAUACAGUGAAAACAUCAUUUCGUUGAACCUAAACAUGGGAUGAUGGGAUUCGAACUUCUUAUUGUCUCAAGUCAUCUAUAUCUCUUAGUGCUCUUACGUCCUUGUAUAUUUUGCAUUUAUGAUUUUAUAACUUAUUUCACGAUCAUU